UUUAAAUUGGGGCCAAGGAGUUGAAGUUAAUUGUGCUCACCUUGACUUUUCUCUCUUGAGAAGUUCGUAAGAGACAAAAAUGGUGAGAGCCCCAUGUUGUUCUAAAGUGGGUUUGCAUAAAGGUUCAUGGAGUGUGCAGGAAGAUUCUUUGCUGGUGAAUUAUAUUCGAGUUCAUGGAGAAGGCCAGUGGAGAAAUCUGCCUAAAAACGCUGGGCUGCUUAGAUGUGGGAAGAGUUGCAGGCUGAGAUGGAUGAACUAUCUUCGACCUGAUAUUAAGAGAGGAAAUAUUUCACCAGAUGAGGAGGAACUGAUCAUCAGGUUUCACUCUCUACUGGGAAAUCGUUGGUCUCUCAUUGCAAAAAGGCUGCCUGGUCGAACCGACAAUGAGAUAAAAAACCACUGGAAUUCUUAUCUGAGCAAAAGAGUGGGAAAAAGUAAAGAAACUCAGCCAAAAGCAGCAAAAACAGUGAAGAAAAGAGGCCGAUCCACAGGUGAAAAGAAGAAACUCAAGAAGGAGGAGAGUGAAGAAGAGAUUACAAAGACAAAAGUUUAUCUUCCAAAGGCUGUAAGGGUUUCUCCAUACUUCAGCGCAAUUAAUAACAUGGGUUUUGAUCAGAACGGGGCAAGAAGUGGGUCAUCAUCAUUAUCCUGCAGCCAUGGAGAAGCAAAUAUUAUGAAAGCAAAUGAUGCAGAGGUUGCUUUGACUGAUUCUCCCGCUCCAUGCUGGCCUCCUCUUACAGAUGAAGAAAAAGCUUACAACUCUCAGGUUAACCAAGAAUGUUACAAUUUCACAUGCGAUAAUUCAUUUCUAAACUUUCUUGAUGGAUAUCUUGAAGAGUAUGAUCAGGAUCUGCUGCUUAUCAAUUAAGUUAAUUAAUGGAGGUCAAUCUGAGUCCCUCUGUUGUAAACUGUAUAUGUUUUCAAGUUGAGUUUUCUUGUCAACUAGAACAAGCGCAUUAAAUAAUUAUCUACCAACGACUCUGUAUCAUGUUCAUUAAUAAAGAAUUAAUAAGUCGGUGUGUCACA